AUGGACGCAAACACAGGGAAGAUUAUUGAUGGGGAUAUUAAAGCCCAUACUCAUCAAUGUAUUAAGAACAUAUCAAACAUCCUCGACGCGGCUGGGUCAAACAUCACACGAGUUGUCAAGGUGAACGUUUUCCUAUCCGACAUGGAUGAUUUUGCGGAGAUGAACUCAGUGUACACGCUCUAUUGGGGUGAUGUUAAGCCUGCCCGAACAUGUGUUUCUGUGAAGAGAUUGCCGCUAGAUACUGAUGUGGAGAUCGAGUGUAUCGCUGUUUUGUAG